GAUUUCUGGAGCAUUCGACGUCCUUCUUUUGUGCAUUCACUGUAUCCAGAUAUCCCAUCUACUCGUCCAACCAGUACAACACCUGACAUACGACCACCCCACCUCUACUAUCAACCCAUAGGAUACCCUGAAACAUUCGCAAACAAUGUUUGGCGCCAUCGUUGCCGGUCGUCUCGUCCAGACCAACCUUCAACAGAUCGACGAAACUCAUUUCGUCUUUCCCUUGGAGCAGCCGUAUGAUAUCAAUCAUCUUACGGUCUUUUUACUAGGUACCGUUCCCUUCCCAGAAGGCUAUGGAGCAUCUGUACACUUUGCGUGGCCUGGCAAGGAGUAUAUCCCAUUAGGAGUCCUUACCAAUGGCAAGCCCUCCGCCAUCUUCCGUGUUCGCUCUCACCUUCCCCCUGGAGCUACCAUCGGCCACCCGUCCCCGCCCGCUCAGCUCGGUAUCGAAGUCGCGUCCCUGGCACAGCUGGAGGCCAUUCAAGCAGGGCUCAAUGCGGCCACUGAGGGCAAGGGCAAAGAGCUGGUGAGGAAUUUGGAUGUUGGGAAGAUUGCAGAGAAAGUGGUCAGGAAUUUGUUCAAUUACCUGCACUCUUUUGGUGGUGAAGGAGCUUUAACACCCACCACCCAGAUUCCUCUUUCAGUCUUCCAGCAAUGGUACACUAAUUUCACUCGCAAGAUCGAGAACGACAAGGGUGCUUCGUUCCUCGACCGAGAAGAUUAGGAGCAGGCUGCGGCCCGGCGGCGCAUCAUAUAGGUAGUACGAAUAUAAUCUAGAGGGUGAUGACAAGACAUCUGUGCCCAUCUCUGCUCUAUCAACGAACUGUUGACGCCCGCAAGAACCUCGCUGAUGAAGUGAUCGGCAUCACUUCC